AUGGCCCGAGCCAAGCCAAGCCAGAGAAUGAAGAAGAUGAACAACCAACACCUACACCAGAAAAGCAGAAGACUACUGAUGAGGUUGCGCAAGAAUAAUACAGAUAAGCAGUUUAGCAAGUUUCUUGAAGUAUUCAGAAAGCUGCAUAUCAACAUUCCUUUCGCAGAAGCUCUUGAACAAAUGCCAAGCUACAUCAAAUUCAUGAAGGAGAUUUUGUCAAAGAAAAGAAAGAUGGAAGACUUUGAGAUGGUAGCCCUAACAGAGGAGUGUAGUGCGAUUCUUCAAAAGAAACUCCCUCCUAAACUGAAAGAUCUUGGGAGUUUUACCAUACCUUGCACUAUUGGAAAGAUUGAAAAUAUCCAUGCAUUAUGUGAUUUGGGGGCUAGUAUCAACCUCAUGCCCUUGUCCGUAUUUAAGAGACUUCAACUGGGAGAAGCAAAACCUACAACUGUUACACUACAACUAGUUGAUCGUUCUUUAGCCCAUCUAAGAGGAGUAAUCGAAGAUGUUCUUGUCAAGGUGGACAAAUUUAUAUUUCCUGCUGAUUUUAUAGUUCUUGACAUGGAAGAAGACAACAAUGUUCCUAUCAUCUUGGGGAGACCCUUCUUGGCAACAGGAAAAGCACUAAUUGAUGUCCAGAAGGGAGAGUUAAAGCUGAGGGUACAAGGAGAUGAAGUUGUAUUUAAUGUACUCAAGGCAAUGACUUACCCUACGGCUAGUGACAAUUGUUUCUCAAUUGAUAUGGUGGACAAGUUGGUGGAGUCAAAGAAGCACAUUGAAGACCCUCUUAAUCUGACUUUGGUACAAGAGGAGGUGGUGGAACAAGACGGUAAAGAAGCGAAUGAGUAUGCUACGUGGUUCAACUCUUAUGGACUGUUGAAUAGAAUAUACUAUGAAGAGUUAGGAGUCAUCCCAGCAAAGUCAGCCCCAUCUACUGAAAAUCCUCCUCAAUUAGAGUUAAAAGUCCUACUAGAUCAUCUGAGGUACGAAUAUUUGGAAGAGAAUAAGACACUUCCUGUCAUUGUGGCAGAGACAGGUAAGCUAUUAAGAGUUCUAAGGAAGCAUAAGAAAGCCAUUGGGUGGACUUUGGCAGACAUUAAAAGAAUCAGCCCCUCAACUGUAAUGCAUAGAAUCCUAAUGGAGGAAGGAGUGAAGCCCACCAUCGAUGCGCAACGAAGAUUGACUCCACCUAUGAAGGAGGUUGUUAGAAAAGAAGUCUUAAAGUGGCUGUGUAACGCUCCAGCAACAUUCCAGAGGUGUAUGAUGGCCAUAUUUUCAGAUCUAAUAGAGAAGUGCAUCGAGGUUUUUAUGGAUGAUUUUUUGGUAUUUGGUUCAUCGUUUGAUCAAUGCCUAAGCAACUUGGAAUUGGUAUUAACAAGGUGUGAAGAUUCUAAUUUGGUGCUGAACUGGGAAAAAUUCCACUUCAUAGUUAAAGAAGGAAUAGUGUUGGGACAUAGGAUUUCAAGAGAAGGUAUUGAGGUUGAUAGAGCCAAGGAUAAGUUAAUCUCAGCACCGAUUGUGACUACACAAGAUUGGGAAUUACCUUUUGAAAUCAUGUGUGAUGCCAGUGAUUAUGCUAUUGGAGCAGUGUUGGGACAACGAGUUGACAAGGUAUUCAGAACUAUUUAUUAUGCAAGUAGGACCUUGAAUGAUGCUCAACUAAAUUAUGCUACCACAGAAAAAGAGAUGCUGGCUAUAGUGCUUGCGUGUGACAAUUUCCGACCUUACUUGAUUGGCAAUAAAGUGAUAGUGUAUAAAGAUCAUUCAGCAAUCAAGUACUUGAUGACUAAAAAGGAUGCCAAACCAAGACUAAUUCGAUGGGUCCUUCUUCUACAAGAAUUUGAUCUAGAAAUAAAAGAUAAGAAGGGUACGGAGAAUUUAGUGGCAGAUCAUCUAUCAAGGUUGGAACUUGAAGAGAGUCAGAAUACAAAGGAGGUUCAAAUUAAUGAGGACUUUCCUGAUGAGAAACUAUUUCUCUUGAAUUCUACUGUACCUUGGUUUGCUGAUUAUGUGAACUACUUGGCUGCGGACAUUAUAUCACCAGACUUGACAAGGCAACAAUUGAAGAAAUUCUACUCCGAAGUCAAACACUACUACUGGGAAGAGCCUACCCUCUAUAAGCAUUGCGCUGAUCAAAUUAUCAAAAGAUAUGCUCACCAAUUUGUCCAAUCAUGUGAUCGUUGUCAAAGAACUGGGAAUAUCUCAAGAAGGAAUGAAAUUCCUUUGACUGGAAUAUUGGAAGUGGAACUUUUUGAUGUGAGGGGCAUUGAUUUCAUGGGACCUUUCUCGUCACCUUACAACAAUGCCUACAUAUUGCUAGCUUUGGAUUAUGUCUCCAAAUGGGUAGAAGCAGCAGCAACACAUUUGAAUGACGGUAAAACAGUGCUCAACUUUCUUCAGAAAAAUAUUUUCACCCGAUUUGGAACUCCUAGAGCGAUUAUUAGUGAUGAAGGAAGCCACUUUUGCAACAAACAGUUUGAAACUCUACUUGCAAGAUAUGGAGUUCGCCAUAGAACUGCACUCCCUUAUCAUCCUCAGAGUAAAGGGCAAGCAGAAGUUUCCAAUAUGGAGAUUAAAUUAAUUCUGGAGAAGACGGUUCAACGGUCAAGAAAAGAUUGGGCUAAGAAGCUGGAUGAGGCACUAUGGGCUUAUAGAACAGCGUUCAAAACACCAAUAGGAAUGUCUCCCUAUCGGUUGGUCUAUGGUAAGGCUUGUCAUCUUCCAGUCGAAUUAGAGCACAAGGCGUUCUGGGCCAUGAAAACAUUGAAUAUGGACUUGGCAGCAGCAGGAGAGAAGAGGCUGUUACAACUUAAUGAAAUGGAUGAGUUUCGUAACGAGGCUUAUAAAAAUGCCAAGAUCUAUAAAGAGAAAACAAAAAGAUGGCAUGAUAGAAACUUAAUCAGAAAAGAGUUCCAUCUUGACCAACAGGUUCUAGUAUACAAUUCCAGGUUGAAGCUUUUUCCUGGAAAAUUGAAAUCAAGGUGGUCUGGACCGUUCGCAGUAGUUCAAGUAUUCCCAUAUGGCGCAGUAGAAGUUAAAGGAGAGAAACCAGAGACUUUCAAGGUCAAUGGUCAACGAUUGAAGCCCUAUUUGGGAGGCCGCAUCGAUGAAGCCAAGAAAGUUAUUCAGUUGGUGCCUCUGUGA